CCCAACUCCUCCCACCUCCCCCAUCCAUCCCACCUCUUCUCCUCUCCCAACUCAAAGGCAAGCGCAGACCCAGCUCAGCUCAGGCAACAACAAUCAGAUCACAGGCUGCCUAAUCCUGCUCUUCGUUGGCGGUUUCUGUGCAGCCCGCCGAGCUCUUGCGAGAAUAUUGCAAUGGCGUCCACGUCGAGCUCGACGGCGGUGGACGAGAGGGAGCGGAAGCGGAAGAGGGCGGCCGGGGGAGAGUCCACAGCGUCCGCCGGCCCGGGGACGGAGGCGCAGCCUUCCAAGUGGCGGACGCGGCGCGAGCACGAGAUCUACUCGUCCAAGCUCUUCGAGGCGCUCCGCCUUGUCCGAGGCGGGUCAUCGUCCGCGUCGACGGCGCCGGCGCGUGGCCGGGCCGUGCGGGAGGCGGCCGACCGCGCGCUCGCGGUGGCGGCCCGGGGGCGCUCGCGCUGGAGCCGCGCCAUACUCGCCUCUCGCCGCCGCCGCCUCCAGGCCGCCCACCGCGCGCGCCUCCGUGCCCCAGCCACACCGCCCGCGCGCCACCCCUCCGUCGCUGCCGCCGCACAGCCGCAGCCGGGGAAGGCACCGGCGCUGGCGAAGAAGGCCAAGGUGCUCGGGCGGCUGGUUCCCGGCUGCCACAAGCUGCCGUUCCCGGCGCUGCUCAGCGAGGCCUCCGACUACAUCAAGGCGCUGGAGAUGCAGGUGCGCGCCAUGACCGCUCUAGCCGAGGUCCUGGCGAGCGUCUCCUCGUCGGCAGCCUCCGGCAGCUCCUCCUCGCCGGCAUGACCCACGCUUCGUGCAUGAUUCGUGUAUUCGUUGUAAAUUUCACCCCAUCUUCCUCGUGGGUUGGAUUAGUUAGCCUCUCCUCUCUAGUUGUCCUCUUGUUUCUCAGGUUGGUUGAGCGGUUAGUGGUGUGUUGGUGAUAAUGAUGGCACUCUGGUGAUUUAAACCGUGCUGUAAUGCCCCUCUCUCUCUCUCUCUCUCUCUCUCUCUCUCUCUCUCUCUCUCUCGCUGUCUAGUUGUGGAGGCACAUUCGUUUUGUUCCAUUCUCUUCUCGCUUGGCUUUCUCCUCUCCUCGGGAUUCUUUCGUGUGUUUGUUUCUUUUGUUCUCUUUCGAUCCCUUCUCUGAUAAAUGUAACAGGCAUGCAUGGAGAAAUGUUCAGAGCGCUCCCUUGGUCGA